CACCUCUCUCUACCAACAUCCCUCCCCCUCAUUUCUCAACUACCAUACAUACUAACAGAGUAUACACAGAGACACACACACAGAGAGAGAGAGAGAGAGAGAGAGAGAAGCAAACAAGGCCUUUCUCUAUUGAGAAUGGCUUCUUCUCUCUCCUUCUCCACUCUCAUCACCAUCCUCAUCAUCAUCAUCAUCCCUGCUCUCCUUCAAUGUCCAGUCAGAUCAGAUUAUAUCGGCGAUCAACUUCUCAAAGGCAUUAACAGCUACAGGACAACACAAAACCUUUCAUCUCUAACUGAGAACAUUAAUGCUGCUUGCUUAGCAGAACGAAUUGUCGAACAAUUCAAGGGCCAAGCCUGCAGCAACAAUACCGGUGAUGACACAGUUCCAGGGACUGAGCAACAAUUUCCCAACUUCCCGGACUUUCUUGAUCAGUGCCAUCUCAAUGCAUCAGUUAUUCGGGAUGGGACUAUAAUGCCGGCUUGUGUGCCUGGUCUUGAGCCGAAUCUUCUUCUCUCUAACUUCACAAAGUCUCAAUACUCCGAGUACCUUAAUGGCACUCAAUUUACUGGAAUUGGCAUUGGCGAUGAUGGCGAUUGGGCUGUUGUUAUUCUAUGCACUAAUACUCCUACUGGAAACUAUGCUACUGCCAGUGGCAAUGAUUCAUCGUCAAGUGUUGCUCUUCGCUCUUCUCUGCUGCUGUUGAUGCUGGGCCUCUUGAUUGUUUUGUUGAAUUAGUUGGCCGUAACUGAUAGAAAAACAGUGUUUCUUUUGAUGUUUACUUCAUUGUUUUCUGAGACAUUUUGAUAUUAAAAUACAAACUUUUUACUCUGAUGUAAUACAAUCUGUGUUCAAGUUUUCAUUCAACAGAAAUUAAAUCUGAAACCUGGAAAACC